CCACCGUCCCACCCGGAGUCUGUCGACCGUGAGUUCUUGUCGCCCCUCUUCUACGACCACCCUGUCACACACGCACGCAACAUCCAAACUAAAGUCGUUCUUUGUUCUGCAAAAAAAUAGGAAGCCUUCGCCAUGGCCGAUAUCGAUGUCAAGAUUGCUCAAUGGAAGCUGGUUGAGGUUGGCCGCGUUGUGCUGAUCCGCAGCGGUCCCUACACCGGCAAGCUCGCCGCCAUUGUCGAGAUUGUCGACCACAGACGUGUUCUGGUUGAUGGUCCCUCCACCGAGGAGAAGAAGAUCGUCCCCCGCCACGUCCUCCCCCUCUCCCACGCCACCCUCACCCACUUCGUCAUUCCCCAGCUGCCCCGUGCUGCCGGUACUGGCCCCGUCAAGAAGCUUUGGGAGAAGAACGAGAUCGAUGGCAAGUGGGCUCAGAGCGGUUUCGCUAAGAAGACCGACCGCAUCGAGCGCCGGAAGAACCUGACCGACUUCGAGCGCUUCAAGGUCCUCAGACUCCGCAAGCAGGCUCGCUACGAGGUCCAGAAGGCUCACGCCAAGCUCAGAGCUGCUGCUCCCAAGGCAUAGAUGGUUAUUGGGGCUCGGUGCAAAGUGUGACAGGGUGCCUUAGGACGGGGUUUAUUUGCUGAUGGGUUAAUUUUAUGUUCAGCAAAAAAUUACGCUGUAUGCAUUAUUUGACAGCAUAAAAAUGAUUCAAGAACCUUUGAUAUCCUGACAUGGCUUGUUCUCGUACGUCAUGGAAAGCUGAAACCCGCUCGCCGCCUGGAACGAGUGCCUUUUCAGCGAGUAUAUGACUUAUGAUACAACUGGGUCUUCGACUUGACAUCAGCGGGUCAGCUCCUGAGAAGGAAAUGGGCAAUGAACACAAUUUAGACUUUCAAAGCAAAAAAAGACGAAAAAAAAAGGCACUUUCAUUGUAAAUUCAUUAAAUUCAAGAUUAUGUCUAGAUUGAGGC